GUGAAUGAGACUAUCCCCAACAAUUAUCUUGGUUAAUGAAGCCUUCAGAGCAUUUUCUGGAAGACUUCCAAUUUCUGUGUCUUGAACAUGGAAUUUAGAUUGCUAUUCAUGUUGUAACAGUGAUAGUAAAUGCUCAGUAGAUGUUUGUCAAUUUAUAAAGAUAAAAUAUUUAAAAAGUCAUUCUCAUGCUUAAAACUGCUUCACAUUACUUCCACUUAGCUCACUUUUAGAAGCUGAUAUCUCCCAUAGGAAUGGAGGGAGAGUUGUCUUAAAGAAGGUCCCAAAGUUGAGAUCUUUGUUAUUGAUAUUCUAGCCAAGUCCAGAUUUUACGACAAUUUAAUUUGGUCUUAUUUGGAUCUGUAAUUAUGAGAGUUCAUUUAUCACUUGUAUCUUCAAAGCACUUUAACUUGUAUCGUUGUCUAAAGCAAGUGGGGUAGAAAUUACUCUGUUUUAUAAAAGAAGGUAAGGCUCAACAAGGUUAAGUAACUUGCCCAAGAUUUCACAAUUUCUCCUGUCUGGGACUCAAGCUUUCUUCUAUCUGAUGAACAUCAUACUACCUCUUUGUAUCAUAUUUUCUUAAUCUGGUCUCAGAAUGACCUAGCAUUUGAUACCAAGAAAGGUGGUUCUUGUCUACGGUGUUGUACUUUUAAACCACAUCAAAGACUAUAAAUGCCUGUCACUGCUCCUGUUAGAGGAAUGCUGUGUACUAUCUCUGAUCUUCAAUUUGCUGUUGCAGACUUUGCAACUAAUGUGGCUCUUUGUUUUGCCUCAUCAGAUCAGCCAUGGAUAGAAGAAUAGCUCUUCCCAUCUUGGUGAUUAGGACAGGCAUCACGAGAAGACUGUGUGAUAGUUGACAGUAAACAGUUCAGUGUCAUUUGAUUUGAUAAACAGGGGCCAAGAAAUUUGCAGUUGUAGGUCUAGUUAUUUCAAAUGAAUUUCCAAUGUGAAGAAGUUUGGAUAGUCUAUUGGAACUUGUUACAGAAGUUGUUUUGUAACUGAAAAUGCCCAGAAUAGCUCAUUUCCAUUUGUUUCUCAGCAUUUCUUCUUGGAACUGGAUGACCUAUGGGACUUUCAGAAGAUAAGUAGUGAGCGUUAGGGGGAAAUCUUGGCUCCUUCAGAAACAGGAAAAAGUGUGAACCCCUCAUAUUUUUUUCAGAUUUCUUUGGGGAUAAAGUUGGUGUAUUUCUGGUUUAUUUUAAGGAAUUUGUUUCUCCACUUAAUUACCCAAGAUGAAAUAGCUGAGUCAAAUGCUCAACUGGAAGUAAUCAAAUAGUGCCUGCUGCAGGAGCGGAGGCAACUGUGGUUGAUGUUUCUCUAAGCAAUAGCAUUUAGGCUGGGGAAAAUAAUACGAGAUUCUUUUGAAAAGCAGUUUUCAGACUACGAUUAAACUAUAGAUAUGCUUGUUUAGGGCCAUUUUCAGAGUAGGAGCCAAUUGGUAUAUAAGUCAGUCACACAUAGAUAGCUAGCAGCUCUAACAAUGCCAAAAGCACAACUUUACUACCACAGUAAUCCAGGGGUUUCAAGUAAUACCAAGAGUCUCAAACUCAGAUGUCUACAAGAACUAGGUAAAUAUUUUAAUAGACUACCUUGGGCCAAGUGGACUCUCAGAGGAGCCUGUGAAAUACACUUUACGUGGAUUCUCUCAAUUUUGAAAUGGUCAUUAAAAUAUUCUUAAAUGUGGUUCAAAGAACUGCACAUGGGCCUUGUCAUUUUCCAACUUGUGUUCCAAUUUAAUGUCCAUUUUACACAUUGAAAUCACUGAGAAACUUCAAAAGUACAAACCAAAAAACACUAUGCUUGAGUCCCACCCCAUAGAAAUUGUGAUUUAAUUGCUUUGGGUUGUGUACUGAUCAUCAAUAAUUUUUAAAGUCCUAUCCCCAUCCCCAACCCUGAUGAUUGUGCAGUGCAGUCUGAGACCUGUAGGCAAGGUUGAGACCAUUGAUCUAGAUACCUACAUAGUUUCAAAGAGGAAACUCUAGUUAUAAGGGACAAUAGGACGUGGGGCGAAUUUACAAGCUCAGGAAGGGGCCACACUGUAGGCCCUAGCUGAAUGGGUUUUGUGGAAUGGUGCCUCCUCGGGUAUAGUGUAAAGCGCCCAAUUUGUUUUUUUGUUGGUGUUUUGCUAAGUGGUCCACCUUGGAGAAAAUAAAAUUCACAAAACUAAAAGAACUGUAGAACCGAUAAGCUCAGUAGAAUAUUCACGUCAACUGGCAAUAUAUUUUCUUAUCAAGGGAGAGAGCCCUAUCUGGAAGUAAAUUAGUGUAGAGUCUGAGCAAGUUGUUGAGUGGUUAAGCUAUCUGUUUCAAGUCAAUGCACAAUUCCAUUUAAUCACUUAAAUUCAGAGCACUUGAAAGUCACAAGUUUCUUGCUGUCACUUUCAUUCUUUUGAUGAACUUGUAUGUUAAAAGACAGUGGAUUUUCCUAUUUUUAUUCCCAGUGUAGUUGGCGUAGUAGAAAGCAUAUCAGUAUUUCUCAGCCAUAAUUUUCCCUUUGUAAAAUGGGGAUACUAAUAGGAGCUAUAAUUUGUUGAGUGCUUCUUGCCAGAUGCCUUACUUAUGUUAUUUGUAUCUUCUAAGCAGCCCUAAAACAAAGUAGGCAUUGCUAUCCUAUUUUGUAAAUGAGAAGAAAGGUGUAUAGACUAUUAACUCGAACUUAACAGUUUAUGGCAGCAUUGUGCUUGUCUAAUUUCAUGUGUUUAUUCUAUCAUGUUAUAUUGUCUUUUAUAGGAAUAUUGUGAGGGUCAAAGAAAAUUAAUGGGAAAACAAAUCCUAGUUACAAAUAAUGAGCUUACUAGUACUAACUUAGGCAAAAAAUAAGGAUACAGAGCUGUCUCAUAGACUCCCAAAGGCAGAAUGAGAUCAGAUCCAGGAACUAGAAAGCCAUUUUGGACUCCUAAACUGGCAUUGUCUGCAGUCUGUACAUCCACAUCAUUCUAAAGUCUUCUGCUUUUCCUAUCAGCCACACCCAUAGCUCUAGGUGUUACAUGUUAAUUGUCCCAGACACAUGUAGACAACCAGACAGAGCCAUGGAACAAGAUCAUUGGUACAAAUGUGGCUUUUGGGGGUUACCCCUGUGGAUUGGGAGGCAAAUUUUGGAGAUCAUGGCUCACUGGCUGUACAUCACAGGUGUCCUUGACAAUACCAAAAUGCCCUGAAAGUUUUCUUUUUUUGCGGUACGCGGGCCUGUCACUGUUGUGGCCUCUCCCGCUGCGGAGCACAGGCUCCGGACGCGCAGGCUCAGCAGCCAUGGCUCACGGGCCCAGCCGCUUCGUGGCAUGUGGGAUCUUCCCGGAUCGGGGCACGAACCCGUGUCCCCUGCAUCGGCAGGCGGACUCUCAACGACUGCGCCACCAGGGAAGCCCCGAAAGUUUUCUUUUUUAAAUAAAUGUAAAGAGUUUGUAUAUAAUAGAUAAUUAUGGCUAACUUAUUUAGUGUUUACUAAAUGCUUCAUGGCCAUCUUUUUAAAAUUGCAAAUCAUAUGAGAUAGUUGCCAUCUCCAUUUUAUAAAUAAGAAAAUAAAAGCGCAAAGAAGGUGGGUUAUUUCUUUGAGGUCAUCCUUUUGUAAGUGGCAAAAUGAAGAUUCAAGCCUAAGUUCCUUCUGUCAGCACCCAUGGUGUUGGGCACUGUUCUAGGCACUGGAGGUACAGCAGUGAACAAAGGGGUCUGUUUGUCUGAAGCAUUUAAUCCUGAUUCUACAUAGAGAUUCAGUGGGUUGCCCAGGGUCACCCAGCCAGUUAAUGGCAGAUCUGCAGGCACAUUUGGACCACUACACUAAAUUCUUUUCACUACUAUAGCUGCUUCUCAAACAACCUUGCCAAAAGUAUCUGCUAAAAUUACAUAGACUAGUUAGGGGACUUCCAACCUCAGGAGACUCAAUGACUAAUUCUUAUUUUUGGCUCCUCUCUGUUCAAAACAUGUCUUUUUGUUGUUAACCUCAGAUACUCUACUAAGAAGGACCCAAAGUAUGCCUUUUUCUUCUCCCUCACAUUUCAGAACCACCCUGGCAUUUUAAUGAGAGCUUAAAAAAGCAAGUCUCAUAUUUCCAAACCCUUUCCAGAAGGCAAUCUUGCUGAUAUUGAGCUGAUGAUGUGGCUUCCUGUGCACAAAAUAACAUUUCCUGAUUCGGUGUUUUAUUUAGCACCUGUAUAUCCCUCCUCACUACUCCACCUGUAUAAAAGUUUGGUUUUUAAUUUUCAAGCUGCCUGUUUUUUGCCACGGAGUAUUCAGGUUUCUUUCAGAGUGAGAAUUUGGAAGGUGAUGAUAGAAAUGAAUUCUCUAUUGUACAUAGGUAAUUCUCCAGAAAGCUGUCUAGGAUGAAAACUUGCUUCUCUAGAUUUUAGAUUUCCUUCUGAUGGUUAAAAUUGGUUUCUAUGUGGCUAACAACAAAGCAGUGCCCUAGGAACCACUUCAGUGUAUGUUAAAUGAUGAUUUCUUAGAAUUGUGAAUCAGGGCUUUUGCAGUGAGGAUCUGGUUCUCUGGAAUCAGUUGGCCAAGUUGGGAUUCCUAAGGAGUGAGCAAACACACUGUCCUGAGUUUUCUGAGGGACCCUAUCCAAAAACAUCACUACUUAUUGAAUUUCCCACCUUCCUCUCACAGGGGGCCUCCCUGUGUGUACUCCCACCUCUGCAGGUCACAUCGUUUUCUCAAAGGGAGUGCCGUGUAAAAUGAUAACCGGAAUUCAUGGAGCAUCUCUUACGGGUCUACUUAGGCAGUAGACAUUCUGAUAGAAUGCUCUAGAAUUGUAAGUUCUUGCACCUGCUCUCAAGUCAUUUAUAACCUAAUUGCUGGUCUUCCUGGUAUGAACAAAGUUGUUGGUUUGUUAAUAAAUUCCUACCGUAUGACCCUGACUUGUGGUUCAUUUCUACAUAACCUGGGCAAAUACUAUAAUGUUUUCUAACAAAGGAGGAAGCAUGAUCUGAGUGUCCACCUGCUUUGGAUAGGAAAUAAAUUUGUAUCCAAAAUCCUGUGACUGGUUUAGAGCAUUGUAAAUGUCAUGGCAGCAAAUACCAGAGAAUGGUUUUUAUGAAGAAUAAUAGUUUUCUACAUGCCUUUGAAGAAUUAAUUUUUACUCCAUUGUUUUGACUACCUUGCAAUAGGGUAAGUUAAGUAUUAAUGCCAUCAAUUCAUGUUAAAAUCACAUUAGUAUAAGUCAGUGCCUUAAAAUGGUCAAAUGGUUGCUCACCAAUCAAUGGAAAUGAACUGUUGGUUCUACAGAAUUGCUUCACAGAUUCUAAAUGCUACUUCUUAGGGGUACUGGAUUGUGUGCCCUUUAAGAUAAAUUCUAUAAUCAAGGCCUAGCCCUGAACAGAUUAGAGCCCAAAGAUCGUACUGAGGAGAACAAAUCAGAUAGGUCAGUAAAGGGUCGGGGACAGAUGCUCCUGGAGUAGGUAUCCUCAACUCACCUUUAUUUUAAGUUGAUAUAUAGAAAUCAGUGUUAUUAUAAAAUGCACACAUGUUGUGUUCAGAUUGAUGUUUCAGCGAUUGUAUACCUCUGUGAGAUAACCACCCAAAGGAAGAUAUAGUUACCAUUAACCCAGAAAGUUCCCUUGUGCAUCUUUCAAAUCAUCCCUGCCCCCCUCCCUACUCCAAUGAUCAUUUGCCGAUUUUUCUCACUGAAGAUUUAUUUUGCCUGCUUUUGGACUUUAUAUAACUGAAUCAUAUAAUAUGUACUCUUACAUCUGGCUUCUUUCAUUUAUAAUGCUUUAAAGACUCAUCCAUAUUGUUGUAUGUAUUGAUAAAUUAUUCUUUAUUGCUAAGUAGUAUUUCAUUCUAUAAAUGCACUACAAUUUGUUUAUCCGUUCUCCUACUGAUGGACUUUUAGGUUGUUUCAUUUGGGGCAAUUAUGAAUAAGGAUAUUAUAUAUAUAUUCUUAAGUUAUAUUUUUUUGUUUUGUGGGUACAUGUUUUUUCUCUUGGAUAAAUACCUAAGAGUAGAAAAUUGCUGAGUCAUAUAACUUUUCAAGAAACUGCCUUCCUGUUUUCUGAAGUGAUUUAUCAUCUUUUACUCUUAUCAGUGAUGUAUGGGAGUUUCAGUUGCUUCAUAUUAUCAGUGUUUUUUAUAUUAGCCAUUUUAGUGGGUACGAAAUAACUAUGAUUUUAAUUUACAUUGCAUUUCCCUGAUGAUUAGUGAUGUUGAGCACUUUUCAUAUGCUUGUUUUACAUUUUUAUAUCUUUCAUGAAAUGUCUUUCAUGUCUUUUCCCAUUUUAAAAUUGAAUUGUCUUUUUAUUGUGGUUUUUCUGUGAAUUCUGGAUACAAGUCCUUUGAUGGGUAUAUGUGCUGUGAUUUUUUUUUGUAGACUAUGGUUUGUUCACUUACUGGGAUCUUUUGAUGAACAGAAAUUUUUAUUUUGAUAAAGUCCACCAUAUCAAGUUUUUCUUUUAUGAUUUUAUGACCUCCAAGCUCACAAAGAAUGUAUUUUCUUCUAGAAGUUUUAUGGUUUGGGGUUUUAUGGCUAUCUGUGAUCCAUCUCACUGGUUUUAGGUUUUAAAUCUAUGGUUUGGAGUUUUACAUUUAAGUUUAUGAUCCAUCUCCAGUUAAUUAUUUGUACAGAACGAGGUUUAUUUCAACAUAGAUACCCAGUUGUUCCAGCAACAUUUGUUUAAAAAGAUUUUCCUUCACCCAUUAGAUCGACUUGGCAUCUUGGUUGAAAAUCAACUGACCAUAUGGGUCUGUAGUUAUUUCUAGAUUCUCUAUUCUGUUUCCCACAGAAUACUUCAUUUUCCACAAUACUUCAUUAUUAUUUCUGUUCAUGUUUUCCAGCAAGUCUAGGGUUCCAUGUGUUAUAAAUUCCCUUUAAUCUAAAGAACUUUCUUUUUAACAUUUGUUCUAUUGCAGUUUUUCUGAAGAUGAAUUCUCUCAGCUUUUCUCUGUCAGAGAAUAUCUUUAUUUUUCAGAGGUAUUUUAGUUGAAUAUUAAAUUCUAUGUUGACCUUUUAUCUCUUCUUUUAGUAUUUUAAAGUCAUUUAUUUGUCCUCAGGUCUCAUUUGUUUCUGGUAAGAAAUCAUCAUUUUUAUGUGUCUCCCUGUCCAUAAUGUGAUUCUCCCCCAUGGUUACAUCUGCUCUUUAUCUUUGGUUUUCAGCAGAUCGACUAUGAUAUGUCUAGGUAUGUUUUUCUUUGUAUGGAGUUUACUGAACCUCCUGUAUCUGUGUUGCUGUCUUUCAUUAAUAUUGGGUAUUUCUUGGCUUUUAUGUCUUCAAAUAUUUCUUCUGUUCCAUACUCUCCCACCUUGCCUCUCCUUCUGAGACUCCAAUUACACCUAUAUUAGAUGAUUUGAUAUUAUCCUACGGAUCUCAGAUGAUUUCCCCCCAUUCUUUUCUCUUUUUGUUUUUAGUUUGAAUACUUUCCAUUUAGCCGUCAAGUACCCUGAUGCUUUUCUCUUAAACCUAUCUGAUGAAAUCAUUCUGAUACUGUAUUUUUUAUUUCUAGCAUUUCAUUAUGUUUGUAUAGUUAUCAUGUUUCUGCUUAAAUUUUCCAUUUUUUUAUGUAUGUUGUCCACAUUUUCCACUAGAGUUUUUAAAACAUUUUCAUCAUAGUUAUUUCAAAAACCCUAUCUAUUGAUUGUAAUAUUUUAGCCUCCACUAGAUUUUUAAGCAUUUUACUUUCAGCCAGAGUUAUUUUAAAGAUCCCACUGUUAAUUCAACAUCUGGGUCAUUUCUCAUUCUGCUUCUCUUGAACCUUUCCUCUGUUACCAUGGAUCUUAUUUUCUUGCUUUUGCACAUGUCUUGUAUAUUUGAUUGUAUGCUGGACGUUUUGUAUAAAAAACAGGAGAGACUGAAGUAAGUAUUAACUUCAAAUUGGGGCAUGCCCAUUUUUCUUUCAGCCAUUUGAGUAAUGGCUCAGUCAAUCUGAUGUAUAUUUGACCUAGAUCUGGGCACUACUGCAGCCUUAGUUUGAUUCAGUUCACCCUGACUUUGCUUCGUAGCUAAGGUGUCAGCUGCCUCACUCUCAGCCUUCAAGCGUAUAUGUGGUGGGUUUCUCAGCAUUCCUGCUUUGCCUCCUCAUUUUAAGGUUAUCUUGCAAAGAUAACCUUAAAAUGUUAGUUAGUGGAAAGUCUCCACUUACCUCAAGGGAAGGAGUAAUCUGUCUCAACUUUUCUGUUAUACACACCCUCUUCCCACUUUUGGUUACUACCUUCCUGUACUUUUUAAGAUCCAAGAGGUAAGAUUGGUGGGUGGGUGCAGGUUUUCUCUGUGGAUUUGGGUCCUCUAGAUUCUAAUGUCAUGCCAGCCUCAAUGAGACAGACAUUUUUGUUAAAUUUCCACUGGCUUCUCUUUAUUCCCCUAUGGUGGAGCAGCCAUGUAUCUCUUCUCUCCUAUGAAGGACUUAGCAUUUUCUGGAGGUUAGUUCACUUAGGGUUUCUUUAUGUCCUUAGCUUUCUAAUGAGUUAAAAAUAUUUUUGAUUUUCUAGCUAAUCUAGCCUUUGUUUGCUAGGGUGGGAGAUAUAUUCUCCCGUGGUUUUCUACAUCCAAAUGAGAAGUGAAUUCUAGGAAUGGGAGUUUAAAAAGAAGUUUCAUUUACAUAUUUGAAAAAUAAUUUUUAAAAUUAUAUAUACAUGGAUAAUAAAAUGUUAAAUUUUAUAGAGUGGCGAACAAUGAAAAGCGAAUUGCCUUCCCGUUAUAGGUUCCCAAGUCCUCUCUACGCCCUCUACAGAGACAAACAUCAUUACCAGUUUCUUGAUUGUUUCUCAGAAUUCCGUAUACAAAAAGUGUGCGUAUCUUCCCCCCUUAGUUUUUUCAAUACAAAUAGAACCAUACUAUAUCUUCUAUACUUUGUUUUUCUCAUUUAACUAUUUCACCAUCUUGAAGUCCUUUACAGACUGCAUAAUAUGUCUUCGUAUGGAUGUACUGUGGUUUAUUUGAACAGUCCCUGGUGAUGGACAUUUGGGUUGUUACCAGUUUUUUCUCACAUACAUUGCAGUAUAUAUGCCUUUGCCCACAUUUGUGGUUGAGUAUCUGUAGUAUCAGGAAUGGGCAUAUUUAAAAUGCUUCACGAAGGCCCCUGGAGCUUCAUAUUAAUUCACAGUGUUUCUCAAGGUGUUGGCUGGGCUCUCAGCAGUUGGUGGUAUGGGUUUGGGGAAGACUGGAUACUGCAAGAGACUCAUGAGGUGCUGGAGAGUUGCCUGGCAGGUGGCGUCAGAACAAAGCUGGCUAUAGACCCUACCAGAGUAGGAGUGACAUAUUAAAAUAUUUAAGAUGUAGAAACUCAACUGUAAUUCCUUCUUUAUACAUAUAUUGGGGAUGUUAAAAAGUUACUGAUGUCAGAUUGCUCUCUUGCCUCCUCAGCCCCCACCAUGGGGUAAAAAAGAUAAAUACCAUUUUCUUUGGAAUGUCUUACCCAGCUAUAUGACUUGAAUGAUCCUGAUAAACAAGAUUACAUCCAAGGAGGUUUUCUAAGGGGAAUGAAGACUUAUACAAGAAGUCUUAUACAAGAAACUUAUACAAGAAACAUUAUCUAUGUGAUUCUGGGAUCUUCCUGUGAAGAUGUUAUGUUUUUUGAGAUUUUUUUCUAAUUACCUACCUAAUUAGCACAUUAAGUUUGGUUGUUGACAUCUGAGAAACCAACGUGCUUUCUCAUGAAAAAGACCCUUGCACAGAAAGUGCUCUUUUUUCUAAGAUCUGGGGUCAAAGGAGAGAUUUUUAAGCAUAUAAUAAUGGCUUCUACUUAUUUAAUAACAUAGGCACAAGAAAUGUCAUUUACUUCUCACAGGACCCCUUUCAGGGAGAUUUUAUAUAUUAGGAAGUAUGCUCAUGAGCUUUCUACCAACAUCAUCUUCCCUAAGGCGCCCCAUCUCAGUAACUGACUAUACUAUUCACUCAGUUGCUUUUAAAGUUAGAAACGUAGUAAUCUUUCUGUGACAUCUAUAUCCCUUUCCUUCAUUCUCCCAUAUCCAAUUCUAUACCUUAGGAAAUUUGUUUUACCUCCUAAAAUUCGUGAGAAUCCAUUCACUUUUUCUCCUUUUCCCAUCACUAGUCCAAGUGAACUGUUUUAUCAUUUCAUCUGCAGUAUCCUUUUAGUCACCCCUAGGUUAUCAAUUCUUGUCCCCCACUCAAUUCAUUCUCCACUCAUUAGCUAACAUGAACACAUUAAUCCAUUUAACAUGAAUUAAAUGUUAAUUUUGACUAUGUCACUCCUUGCCCAAAACUCUCUAGUGCCUUUCCAAUGUCCUUAGAAUAAAAUCCCUCGCAUGGCCUCUGUGGAUCUGCACCACUAGUCUCUCCUACCUCUCCACCUAUUGCAACCAACUCUUUUCCCCUUCCUCUUUCCAGCCAUGCUGGUCUUUCUGUGCUGCAAACUGGCCAAGCUUCUUCCAUCCUCAGGGCCUUUGCACAAGCUUUUCCUUUGCCUUAGAAUUUUUCCCCAGCCUGCCCACUUCCUCAUCCCCCUUCCCCAAGCUAAUGCCUUAUCCUUUAGGUCUCAUUUUAAACAUAUCUUACCCAGGGAAACUUCCCUGUCCAAACAAGUCUAGAUUGGAUCUCCCUGUUAUUAUUUGCUUUUACUACUCUGUAAUUUUCCUCAGCAUUUAUCACAAUUCUAAUUAUAUAGUUAUGUUGUUCUUUUAAUUUUCUCUGUUAUUGGAAUAGGUAAUACAUCCAUUUCAUACAAAAUUCAAAUUGUAACAGGGUAUAGAGUUUCUUCCCUUCCCCGUCCCUCUGCUACCCAGUUUUCUUCCUUACAAGUAACUACUUUUAGCAUUUUGAAUAUCCUUUCAGAGAUUUGGAGUAUAUAAGCAAUUAUGUACAUAAGUUUCAUCUUUAUUUUUGCCUUCUCUUAUUAACACAGAUCCUAUGUACAUUUUUCUGCACUUUGUUUUUACCUGUUAAUAUAUCUUGGCAAUUCUUCUAUAUCGCUAUGUAAAUGGUUUCUUUUUCAUGUACCAUACAGUAUGGGCUUAUCAUUAUUUCUUUAACCUUAAUUAUUGGGCAUUUAGGUUGUUUUCAGGCUUUGGUUAUUACGAACAAUGCUGCAUUGAAUAACUUUGUAUUUAAAGUCAUUUUCCACAUUUAUACCUAUAGAAUAUAUUCCUAGAAUUAAAAUAAAGAAGUUAAAGGUUAUGUGCAUUUUAAAUUUGGGUAGUAAUUUCCAAACUGCUGUCAAUGGAGGUUGUACCAGUUCACAUUCCCUCUAGCCACAGAUGAAGAAUGCAUGUUUACUCACAACUCAAUGAAAAUUUUUGUUCUCUGACAAUGUAAGAGGUGGAAAAUAUCUCUUGGAAACUUUAAUUUGCAUGUUUUCUCUUCCUUGCAAAGUUAUAUUUUCGUAUGUUCAAGAGGCAUUUGUAUUUCUUCUUUAGUGAACUGUUUCUUCAUAAACUUUGCUUACGUUAUUUAAUGUGUGACUUCCUCGCUACACUCGAAGGUCAGGGAUCCCGCGUAUUUCGCUCGUCGCAUAGCUCCUGGUACUGGAAUGAAUGAAGCUCAAAGAAAUGACUGGCUCACGUCAUGCAGUAGUCACAUACGGAACUCAUGUUUGACUCGAAAGCCCACGUAUUUCCACGAUCACCCAGUGGAAAGACUGAGCAUUUAAUUCACCACAGCAGGGGCUAGAAAGGUAAUGUAAAAACGGCUGAAGUGUGCUGGGAAGAGAGGACUGUGGCAAAAAGGCCAACAAAUGCCUAACUACAGUAGCAGCUGUUUUCAGAUCUAUUUUACCGCCAAGCAGGAAUGCAGGCCCAUUGUCGGAUCUUUAUUUAUUCCGAGGCCGGAUUUCUGGCUUUCUUGCGAGAUCUCCUGGUUUUUAAGUAUUUCCAGUCAAAACAAGACUGCCUUCAAAUGCAGCCCACCAGCAGCGGAUUUGCAAACUCUAGCGUAAACAGAAGUGGGAGGCUGAUGAGGCGGGUAAUACCUUAGUUGGAUAAAGACAGCCGAGAAACAAGGAAUUUGUAUGUAAGGCGAGAAUGAGGUUCUCCGCCGUAGGGUUUGGGUUUGGGGGCCGGGACUCCCGGAAAGACGCUGGAAAUAAAUGCUGGGUGGCAUCAAAGCAGAGCAGGGCCAGGCGACGGGAGGGCGCGCCGCCGUCCCAGUUGUGGCUGGCCACUCCACCCAGCGCUGUUGGGGGUUUCUCAAGCAGCGUCCACACAAUGGUGUAGGGCGGUAGGGGCUGGCCGGGAUAAAGGGGACGACUGGCUGCGCAUUCCCUCACCGGCUCCUUUAGAGCCAAGUGGACCGCAGGAAAGCACCCAACCCUUUCCGCGCUUCCAGAAGACCCUCCGCCUCCCAGGCAAAGCUUUCCGCUCGGCGAUCUACUUCUUUCCCUACUCAGGCCCCUCCCCACUUCCCCAAUCCUACGACUUCCGUUUGCCUGGUUUUUUGGGAAACCGCCGACUUCCGGCCUCGCAGCGGCGGGCGGAGCUAAGAUGGCUGAGCAGAGACUGGCGAUGAGAACUCAGUUUCCUGCAUCUGCUGAAUCUCUAAAACCCCGGCUGAAAAAAGCUCCAGAGUUUCCUAUUUUGGAGAAGCAGAACUGGUUGAUACAUCUCCACUAUAUCCGGAAGGAUUAUGAAGCAUGCAAGGAUGUCAUCAGAGAACAGCUUCAGGAGACUCAGGGGUUAUGUGAAUAUGCUAUCUAUGUCCAAGCAUUGAUAUUUCGCCUGGAAGGAAAUAUCCAAGAAUCCCUAGAACUCUUUCAGACGUGUGCUGUUCUCAGCCCUCAGUCUGCUGAUAACCUCAAGCAGGUGGCCAGAUCUUUAUUUCUUCUGGGAAAACAUAAAGCUGCCACUGAAGUGUAUAAUGAAGCAGCUAAACUUAACCGGAAAGAUUGGGAGAUCUGUCAUAACCUAGGAGUUUGCUACAUUUACCUGAAACAGUUGGACAAGGCACAAGACCAGUUGCACAAUGCCCUACAUCUUAACAGGCAUGAUCUGACUUACAUAAUGCUGGGCAAGAUCCAUUUGCUGGAGGGAGACUUGGACAAGGCCAUCGAAAUCUACAAGAAAGCAGUGGAGUUCUCACCAGAAAAUACAGAACUUCUCACAACUUUAGGAUUACUCUACCUCCAGCUUGGCAUUUACCAGAAGGCAUUUGAACAUCUUGGAAAUGCACUGACUUACGACCCCACCAACUACAAGGCCAUCUUGGCAGCAGGCAGCAUGAUGCAGACCCACGGGGACUUUGAUGUUGCCCUCACCAAAUACAGAAUUGUAGCUUGUGCUGUUCCAGAAAGUCCUCCACUCUGGAAUAACAUUGGAAUGUGUUUCUUUGGCAAGAAGAAAUACGUGGCAGCUAUCAGCUGCCUGAAACGAGCCAACUACUUGGCACCCUUCGACUGGAAGAUUCUGUAUAAUCUGGGCCUCGUCCACUUGACUAUGCAGCAGUACGCAUCAGCCUUCCAUUUUCUCAGUGCAGCCAUCAACUUCCAGCCAAAGAUGGGGGAGCUCUACAUGCUCUUGGCUGUGGCUCUGACCAACCUGGAAGACACAGAGAAUGCCAGGAGAGCCUACACAGAAGCAGUCCGCCUGGAUAAGUGUAACCCUUUGGUAAACCUGAACUAUGCUGUGCUGCUGUACAACCAGGGAGAGGAGAGGGGCGCCCUGGCCCAGUACCAGGAGAUGGAGAAGAAAGUCAACCUACUCAAGGACAGCAGCUCCCUGGAAUUUGACCCGGAGGUGUCGGAGGAACAUCCCAGCUCACAAAGCCACCAUCUCUUCCUCUGGAGCCAGAGCCCACGGUGGAAGCGCAACCAACUGAAGCAUCAGCACAAAUAAGAGAAAAAUAGGUGUAGGAUGAGCCGAGAGUUGGGGUUUCUUGGGCGAGGAUGUUCCAGAUUAGGAAAGGUCCCAUGACCCAGGCAGCACGGAGGCCAGCACGUUCCCUGGGCAUCAUGAGCUGGAACGCAGAACGUGUUACGAUGAUCACGAGGAGGCUGAGGCCUGCGCAGCCCCUGCUGCCCCAUCAGCUGGAAACGAGCGAGAAGAUGGCCCAGACAGGUUCCCGAAGAAUUGAGAGCAAGGCUUCGGCUCUAUGUAUGUAGUUCCAAGAGCCAGCAGGGCAUGUGAUGCUAUCUGUGUUGGAAAGGACUUUCUCUUGGCUGGCGGACCCCUUCCUUUGUGGAAGGAAAGUCUGAGACAUACCUCCGCGCAGCAGUCCUGUCAUGACAAAGCCUUGUCUUAACUGAGCUGAUCCUUGGGCUGUGUGGUAUAUCAGCCACUGAAGCAAACACAAAUCUUUGAUUAAUAAUCCAGCUCUGAUUGAUAGUCUAAAAGAAAAAAAAAAAAUGAUGAAACAAGCUCUUUAAAUUGAGGCCCAGGCUACUGAGUAUCCCAGCUGCACUUGCCCAAGAGCAUCCAGAACAAGUCCCUAUAUCUUGUUCUUGAGAGGUCAGAGUGUAGAGCCAGACCAUGUCAGGAUGAAAAGAAGUAAAGGGCUGGUCUGGUGUCAGCACCAAGGAUUUAACAAAAAGGAAGCGCUGCUUAACUGAGGAAUUUUUAUUUGACAAUCAGUGAUACCACUGACCAGAUGUUAUCAAUACAUUAUAUCUAUAGAUACUUUUCAGAAUAAGGAUUAUGUAUCAUCCCUUUGGGGAAAGUUAUUCAGGUAUAAAAAUGAGGGAUCACAAAAAAAACUUUUUAAAAGAACCUUGUACCUGCCCGGUCUUUGGGGCUUGUGGAUUUGCAGUCUCUCAUUCACUCUGUUGAGAAAGGAGCUAUUCUAAUUCCUAGUAUGGGAGUUGCUUAUGUCAUCACAGGAAAAUUACAUGACAAUUAGAAAAAUGAGACCAAGUACACAGUUACAGAUACAGACAUGGUUUUAGAUGGCUCAAAUUAGAGGCAAGAAAGCGGAAGUAUGAACUAGCAACGGGAAGAGUGUUCUUCUUACUGAAUAAUAUUAGUACAAAACGAAGUAAAAUUUUGGAGUGUAUGAUUACAAUGAUCAUUUUGUUCUUAAGGAAAAAUCCCAAUUGUCUGAUAAUAGAGAGUAGCUCACAAUGGACCAAUCCUCCCACAGACAACAAAUAUAAACCAGUGGGUAAAUGUAAAAUACUAUCUUGGUUUAAUUAAAAAAAAAUACACAUAACUGUUCCAAGUAAAAAUUAUAACAUUGUAACUAAAGGACAAGGGGGUAUAUGGAAACUUAUGGUUGAAAGGUUUUUAUAUUUCACAUGAUAUGGUACAAAACUAAUCCUAAAUAGUUUGUGAAAAGUUAAGGCUGUAUAUUAUAAUCCCUAGAGUAACCAUUAAAAAGAUGCAAAGAAGCACAGCUAUUGGGUUGGCCAAAAAGUUUUUUUUUUCUCUUCUCUGUAAGACAGCUCUAGUAGCCCUUAGCUGGAAGACUGUAAAAGGCACCUGGAACAGUUCUUUACUCAAAAAGAUAAAAAGUUUUGGGAAGAUGGAAUUAUGAAGUUGCCUGAAAAAUGGCAGAAGGUAGUGGAAGAAAACGGUGACUACGUUGACUACGUUGUUCAAUAAAGUUCUUGGUGAAAAUGAAAAAUGCAUCUUUUUACUUAAAAACCAAAGGAACUUUUUGGCCAACCCAAUAAAAAGACAGUAGAGAGGGGGGUAAAAAAACAGAUGGAACAAGGAGAAAAUAAAUAGCAAAAUGUUAAAUGUAAAUCCAGUCAUGUCAAUAACUACAUUAAAAUAUAAUUAGACUUAAAAAUGUAAGUGGACUAAACAUGUCAGUUGAAAAGCACAGAGGGGCUUACCUGGUGGCAUGGUGGCUGAGAGUCCACCUGCCGAUGCAGGGGACAGGCGUUCGUGCCCCGGUCUGGGAGGAGCCCACAUGCUGUGGAGCGGCUGGGCUUGUGAGCCAUGGCCGCUGAGCCUGCACGUCCAGAGCCUGUGCUCCGCAACGGGAGAGGCCACAGCAGUGAGAGGCCCGUGUACCGCAAAACAAGCGAACAAUCAAAAAAAACACAGAAAGGAUAAAAAGGCCUAGUGCUAUACUAAUGUUAGAUAAAGUAGACUUCAAAACAAGGGGUGUUACCAGAAAUAAAGGGGGGCAUUUCAUAAUGAUAAACAGUCAAUUCAGUAGAAAACCAUAAAUAUGUAUGCAACUAACAUUACUUCACAGUACAUCAAGUAAAAAUUGAUAGAAUUUAAUCCACGAUCAUAGUUGGAUAUGUUAGCACUUUUUCUUUCAGCAAUUGAUAGAAUUAAUUAGACAAAAAGUGUAAAAGGACAUAUUGCCCAGCUUGUCAAUUUCUAUUGACAUUUAUAGAACACUACAAGCAGUAACUGUAGAAAAUACAUUCUUUGCAAGUGCACAUAAUACAUUUAGCAAGACAGACCAAAUGCUGGGCCAUAAAAUAAGUCUCAAAAGUCAACAGAUUGAAAUUUCCAGAAUAUGUUCUCUAUACACAAUGAAAUUGUAUUAGAAAUUAAUAAUGAUAUCUAGAAAACCUACAUAUUUGGAAAUUAAACACACAUACUUGUAAUAAGGAAGAAAUCAAAAGAGAAAUUAGAAAAUAUUUUGAACUGAAUAAUGAAAACAAAAUUUGUAGGGUUCAGUUAAGAGCUGUGCUUAUAAGGAAACUUAGAGCUAUAAAUGCUUCUAUUAGAACAAAUGAAAGGUAGAAAAUCACUGAUAAAGGUUUCUACCUUAAGCUAAAAAAAAAGCAAAAUAAACCCAAAGUACAGAAAACAUUAAAGAAAAAUCUAAGAAGCUGAAAGUUCUAUGAAAAAACACACACGCACAAAAAUGGACAAAUCCCUAGCUAAACUGAUGAAGGGAAAAAAGAGGAGACAAAUUACCAAUAUCAGGAAUGAAAGAGGGGAUAGCAUUACAGGUCCUGUACAACAUGGAAAAGAUAAAGGAAUGUUAUGAAAAAUUUUAUGAUAAUAAAACAACUUGGAUGUAAUAUACAAAAUCUUUGAAAAAUGCAACAUACCCAAACUGAAACAAGAUGAAAUGUAAAGGCUUCAUAGGUCCGAUCAAAGGAAUUGAAUCUAUAAAUCAAAUGCUACCCUAAGCAAACUCUUGGCUCAGAUGAUUUCACCAGUGAAUUCUAUUAAAUCCAGUCUUACAAAAAUUUUUUAAAAACAGGAUCAAGAACUUCCCAUUAUGCCAUGAAGAAAAUGAAAGUCAGUCUACAGAUUGAGAAUAUAGUCACAAGAUACAUCUGACAAAGGACUUAUAUCCAGAAAAUAUAAAAAACUCCUACAACUCGAUAAUAUAAAAACUAAUAACCCAAACAACAACAUACACAAACCAAAUGAAAAAAAAAAUGGGCAAAAAAUUUGGACAACUCACAAAGAUACAUGAAAGGCCAGUAAGCAUGUGACAACGUGCUCAUUGUCCAUCAUCAAGGAAACGCAAAAUAAAACCACAAUGAAAUACCCCUGUGUACACAUCAAAAUGGCUAAAAUUAAACAAUGACAACUCUAAAUACUGGCAAGAACAAGAAGCAACCAGAACUGUCAUGCAUCAUUGGUAGGAGUGUAAAAUGGGCCAUCCGCUUUGGAGAAAGGUCUGUCACUUAUCUCAUGAUACACAUUCUUCCCAGCAAUUCUACUCCCAUGUAUUACCCAAGAGGAAGGAAAAUGCCCACACAGACUUGUUGAUAACAUUAUUCAUAAAAGCCCCAAACGGAAACACCAUAUUCACAGUGGAAUACUAUUUAGCCACAAAAGGCAACAAACUACAUGCAACAACAUAAUCUCAAAAACAUUGUGCUGAACGAAAAGGGUUUUUACAGCUACAGUAAUUAAAACAGUAUGGUACUGGCACAGAAACAUAAAUAUAGAUCAAUGGACCAGGAUAGAAGGCCCAGAAAUAAACCCAUGCACUUAUGAUCAAUUAAUCUACCACAAAGGAGGCAAGAAUAUACAAUGGAGAAAAGAAAGUCUCUUCGCUAAGUGGUGCUGGGAAAACUGGACAGCUACAUGUGAAAGAGUGAAAUUAGAACAUUCUCUAACACAACAAAAAUAAACUCAAAAUGGAUUAAAGACCUAAAUGUAAGACUGGAUACUAUAAAACUCCUAGAGGAAAACAUAAGCAGAGCACUCUUUGACAUAAAUUGCAGCAAUAUCUUUUUGGAUCUGUCUCCUAGAGUAAUGGAAAUAAAAACAAAAAUAAACAAAUGGGACCUAAUUAAACUUAAAAGCUUCCUCACAGCAAAGGAAACCAUAAACAAAACGAAAAGACAAAACUACAGAAUGGGAGAAAGUAUUUGCAAACGAUGCAACUGAAAAGGGGUUAAUUUCCAAAAUACACAAACAU